AUGUCGACUGCUACUGCUGCGGACAGUGCCGCUCAGGCAGCUGCAACCGACGUUCGCUCGAACAAUGCAGUUGAUCAUGAAAUUUUCAUCCAGGCCGAUGACCAGAGCGACACUUCAUCUGUUGACUUGCAAAGCGUAGCUUCAUCAAGCACGAGUGUGACUAGCUCUAUGCUUGAUUAUCGUGUUGAGAAUGGCAGAACCUACCACCGAUACAAGGAUGGAAAAUAUAAUUUUCCCAACGAUGAGAGGGAGCUUGAUAGACUCGACAUGCAACACCACUUGUUCCUGCUUACUUUCAACAACAGGCUUGGAACUGCUCCACCAAACGAUCCUGGGGCCAAGGUCGGUCGAGUGUUGGAUGUGGGAACAGGUACUGGCAUCUGGGCUAUGGACUUUGGAGAUGAACAUCCUGAAGCCGAGGUUUACGGCAUCGACCUUUCCGCAACCCAGCCCGAGGUAACUGACUUAUCAAGUGCACCACCAAAUGUUAGAUUUGAGAUUGACGAUCUGGACGAGCCCUGGACCUUCUCAAAGCCUUUCGAUUACAUCCAUAGCCGCGGUAUGAACGCUUCGAUCAAGGACUGGGGAGAAUAUAUCCAGAAGUGUUACGAUAAUCUUGCCCCAGGUGGAUAUUUGGAGCUCAUUGAGCUUUAUUUCCUCCCUCUUAGUGAUGAUGGCACUCUGAAGUCAGACCACAAGAUUAUGAAAGCCAUUCGGCUUUUGGGAGAGGCUUCGCAAAAGUUGGGUCGGUCUGUCCAAGACGUCAAAGAAUUGAAGCCCGUGAUGAUUGAAAGCGGUUUCAAAGAUGUGGUCAUGGUUCAAUACAAAUGGCCCACCAAUGCCUGGCCAAAGGACAAGCGCUUCAAGGAGCUUGGUAUGUGGAGUAACGAAAACAUCUUGCAAGGCUGGGAGGGUGUCUGCAUGGCACCCUUUACAAGAGCUCUAGGGUGGACAAGGGAAGAAGUGUUGGUGUUGUUGGCUGAGACUCGCAAGGAGUUCAACGACACAAGCAUUCAUGCGUAUUUCUCCCUUUGGACAAUCUACGGAAGAAAACCCACCAACGAGGAAGCUGCAGCAGGCGAAAAAUAA